AUGGUGCGCCAAAAUGGCAGCAACUUUGAACGUUUAAGAAAAAAUUCUAAACAAAAAAAACAAAGUUGUGUUCGCAUCGCAAAAUUUUUCCGCAGACGAGGUUCUCGCGGUAAAGCUUACUUUCAAAUAAUAAUAAUAAUAAUAAUAAAAUAAUAAUAAUAAUAAUAAUAAUAAUAAUAAUAAUAAUAAUAAAUUUUAGGUUAUGGGCACUAAAGCAGUUUCAAUGACGUAAUGACUAAACGCAGUGCUUUAAAAGUAGAUAAAACUACAAACAGUAGUCAGUAGCAGAUUAAUUUUUUGUCGAGACUUAGACAUGAUAAUUUAGGAUUGGUGAAUUAAAAAAUGUGCAAAUAAUCAUCUGUUUUUAUUUAUUUAUUAAAUUAAUUAACACAAAUGUUGCAUCUAUUUCCCAGGUAUUUGCCAGCAAAGUUGGAGCUAUUUUAGUGGCUACUGUUACUUCACCAGUCGCACUUGUGGCUCGUGGCUCACUGCUGUAUCAAACUGUUCUACGAUGAGUUCCAGUUUGGUAACAGUUCACAACCAGAAUGAAAACGUCUAUAUUCAACACCGCCCCAACGGAGAGAGAUCCUGGAUCGGACUCAAUGACCGAAGUGUGGAGGGCUCCUUUGUGUGGACAAACAAAGAAAUAAGUAGUUUUAGGUUCUGGGCCCCACAGCAACCGAACGACUGGAAAAACGAAGAUUGUGUUCACACUCUUGGCGCCAGGCAUGGUUACACUUGGAAUGAUGUGUCUUGUCAUAACUGCUAUAACUACACUUGUUUUAAAGGUAUUAGGCAUACCAAGAUCAUUACUAAUUAUGUUUUAUGAACGUCAGUUAGAACAUAGUGCCACAAGACAUUCAACUACAUUAACUUUGAAUUAUAUAUUAAAUGGUUCAACGAACAUGAGCUCAGGGCAAGCUUUGUAAGAUCUUUUUUGCGGGUCACGUUUUUCCCAUAUGUUAUUUUCUCUCGACAGUUAGUUACACAGCUAUAUACAAAGGAAAGGAAUUCUUAACUUUUAAGAUAGGAUAAGAGUAAAGAGUGUUUAACCUCUUCACUAUGUGAUUUUCCCUUUUAGACUUGGAUGAAUGUACCACUGGUUCCCAUUCCUGUGACGCCAAUUCCGUUUGCCAGAAUAACGCGGGUUCAUACACAUGCUCAUGUAAUGCCGGGUACACAGGAGAUGGAAAAACCUGCAAUGGUAUAUUUAUAGAUAAUAAGUAAACUGAGGCCGCGUCCACACGAAUCCAAAAGCCAAAAGGCAGUUCUCAAAAAUAUCCGGUUCGUGUGGACGGAUUCUGAGAAGGCAAUAAAGUCAAAAAAUGGCUGAAGGGUGCAAUUCCUACGGGGUGUGAAACAAACCGUUAACACUGUCACCUGCCUUGUUUCGCAGAAAAAUAAGAAAAAUGAAUACUUUGACCUUAGCGACCAAGUGUAAACUAUCAGGUAGAUAAUUCAAAAUACUUCUGCGUUUUUGAUUGCGUAUUCCCCCAGCUAAUUUUUCAUAGCCAGCUACCGUUAACCAAAUUUGGCAGAUGUUUGCAGAUAUCCUCAGAGAUGAGACUAGUAAGACAUCCUCGGAGACCUAGGGGCAGUUAGUUAUGCCGUUUCUCCUGACUCGACUGAGGCCCCGGCAACACGAAUCCGGAAACGGCAUAUUUCUUUACACAACCGUAUUCGUAUGAACGGGGCCUUAAACCUAUCUGGAGCGCGAUGGGAAAAAGAUGCAGCUUCGGUGAAAGGAUUUAUAGGUUUCAUGUGGACGAAAGGCCGGUUCGUGUUUAAAAAAUAUAUAUAUUGGCUGUUCAAAAAAAUAUCCGGUUUUGUGUGGAACCUGGCUUGACUGCCCCUGGGUUCCCAAGAAUUUUAACGAUUAAUUAUUCAUCAAAAAAGGAUAGCCGAAGGUUUGGCAGUUCGGUUUUGGUAAUGCUGGAGAAAAUAGCGAAGAAAAAAAAAAGAGCCGAACAAAAACAGCAAACAUACCACUCGACCGAUGACAGCUGCCCAUGAAGAUAAAUAUUUUCCGGCUAGACUAAAUUUGCCCUUAUAUCCUGAAUUUUCCGAGGAAGAGGCAAAUGUUAUGCAGACGAAACUUUACAUCGAUGAAGAAAAGCAUGAUUUAAGGUUUUGAAAUACCUUCAAUUAAUCAAAAAAUGUUUGAUUCUGCUUUGUAUGAUAUGAAGAAUUAUGCAGGUCUCGAAGGGGGUAGCGAGGGGAGGGGAAGAGGGUAAGAAUAAGGAAGCCGAAUCCAAUAACUGCUGAAUAAUUGAUCAAAGUUACGCUACGUUACGCCAUCAGGCAUAUGCAAAAUCUCUUAUCUUUACGCCAAGCUUCACUACAUUUUCCCAGAUAUCGACGAGUGUUCUUCCAACGCCCAUAGCUGUGGCGUCAAUGCGGUGUGUAACAAUGCCGUUGGAUCGUAUGCAUGCGCAUGUAAAGCAGGAUAUUCAGGAGAUGGAAGAACAUGCACUGGUAAGGCGUUUUGAUCUUUUUCUAAAGGUAACUUAGAAGAAAGGGAUACUGAAAAUGACUCCUGUAUAAACUUGUUCAUGCUCGAGUACAGACGAAAAAGGUUUUUGGUAGGUCAGACAACAACGAAACCGACGACAGAAACAAUCAUAUACUUUGUUAAAUAGGAAUUAACUUAGAGUACUUGCUGCCUGGUAGCCAGCUGAUGUGAUCAUUAAAUGAAAAUAACCCAUGAACCCCUUAAGCAGCAGCCUUUCGCGUGCGGGGUCUGGGGCGCUGGUUUCGGAACGAGGAGGGUAUGCAGAUGGGACUGUUACGACUAGGAGUAUUAUCAUAGAUUAAGGAGUGCCUUCGACAUGGGUAAUAUAUUGCCGAAAAUAGAACCUGAUAGGUGACGUGAAGGCUAAAACGGUGUGUUACGUUUCAUUUUCUGGCUUUAAUUUGCAUUUUGCCUAUUUUGUUCGUUCGUUGUGGAGCGCUGUUUUGUGAGGAGUUUGAAUGGCCUGAGAAAACAGCCGAAACUUCGCGACGUCACCACUGUUUUCCCCACGAAAUGACAUCUGAGAAACGAGGGCAGAAUUUCCAUCCUGACGACGCGCCACUACCCAGCUGUGAGUAGUGCUUCUGAUUAGUUGAAGCAAAUUUUCAGCCAAACAGAUCCAGGUAGUGACGUCAUCAGGAUGGAGUUAAAAAGGAGCUGAGAAGCAUAUGGUGAACUUUGAUUUGUGGGGAGUUUUAGUUAAUAAACCCGGUUGGAUAACAGAAUUAGCAGUUUGUGUUUUCUUGUGACAAAGUAUGGGUAAAUAGUAGAGACAGGAUUAAUGCAUUAUUCAAAGUACUUUUAUCGCGACUCCUUCUUCUUUAGAUAUGUGAAACUUUGGAGAGCUCUUCGCAAAGAACGUCAACACGAUGCACUUCAGCGCGUCCACGAAAAUUGGCAGUAACCUUUCAAACUCUAGCCUAAGAAAACAACCGACAUUUCAAGACGCUACAACUGGUUUCCCCUCGAAAUGACGUUCAAGAAACGUGCUCAGAAACUCCAUCCUAAUGAUGCGUCACUACCUUGAUCUGUUUUGGCCGAAAAUUGGCUUCAGCCAAUCAGCAGCACUACUCAUAUCUGGGUAGUGACGCGUCAUCAGUAUGGAAAUUCUGCGCUCGUUUCUCAGAAGUAACUUCGUGGGGAAGAAAGUGGUGGCGUCGCGAAAUUCGGCUGUUUUCUCAGGCUAUUGAACCUCUUCACAAAACAGCGCUCCAUAAUGAACAAACAAAAUAGGAAAAAUGCGAAACCCAGAAAAUGAAACUUAACACAUCGUUUUAGCCUUCACGUCACCUAUCAGGUUCUAUUUUCGGCGAUAUGACUGUGUGUAUUAAAUCUCAAUUCUACGAGGGGCAGAUCCAGGAAAAUUAUAUUAUUACUUAUUUUCAAGCUGCCUGCCGAGAAACACGUUUUAUUUUGGGAAAUUUAAGUGACAUGCACAUGGCUGAGCAGAUGACGCAAUCACUAGACAAAACUUGAUAAAAAUAAUGGCCUAUUAUUAAAAGUCAUCCCUCGAAAUAAACCACGUGCUUAUCAUGUGACUAUUUCAUUUUCAUUUGGUCCUUGUUUGCAUUUAGUGAAAGUACGUAUCGCCUUAAUUCAAGGGAAUUUCUUGUCGCAUGCUUUCAAACUCUUCGUCUUGGCCAUAAAGUGUUCAUUUCUGAUUCGUUCCCAUAGAAUUUCUUUCCCUUACUUACUUAACUACGUUCACAGCUCGAAAACGAAAGGGAAUCGUUUUUGCGAUGAAAAGUCCUGAAAAUAGAGCGGUACACAACAAAAGAAAAACGCACGUGACGCACCCACGAGGAUUGAUUGGCUGCAAAGGCUGAGAGAGCGCAUUGGACACAAGGCCCUGCAAAAAAUAUAUGUGGGAGCGCCAUUUUAGUAAUCAUAGGAAUGUUUGGAAGGUCAAAACGUCCUGGCUAGAUGUGUACAGGACACCCAAAAAAGAGAAACAGCCAACCACACACAAAAUUGGGAGUUGCAUUCUAGUCGAACGAAAAAAUAGAUUUAGUUAAGAAAAAACUAAAAUGCUUCUGUUGUCGAAAAACUCAAUGCGUCAUUGUGUUCUCCGCUUUUCUUGAAGCACUCUGAAUUUCGCGUUUCUCUUUUUUCUUUCCAAUCUAGCAGGUUUUGAAUAGCCUGCGAUCCUUUGCUCAUUAGUUUACAACAAUUCAUCAGCCUCUAUGAGGUCCUGAGAUCGCAUGUUCGAUGAUAUAUCGGGUUCAUGCAGCGGUUUCUAUUAGGCGCGUGUAUGUGAUGAAACCACUUAUUGCCUCAACCCUAAUAGCUUACACUGGCCUAAACACACAGAACAAACCGCACGGAAAUUUGCCAGUGUAAACGAGCCUUUACAACGUACUUUAGGAACUUAACCCUCGGAGUAAGGCCCCCACCUACCCCCUACCCCCUGGGCGUUCCCUUUUCCAUGAAAUUAAAGAUUGUCAAGACAGUACAAACUCAAACAGUCUGAGUACAAUGGUUAUUGCCCAGUAAGUGCAACGAUUGUUGAAACCUGUUUUUGAUCAAGCUUAUGUUAUUUCAGUCCGUUUUCCUUGUAUCCUGCUUCCUCUUCGCUAAGAAAAUGGGCGUGAUUAUACUCAUUGUUAUUUUGUUUAUUUCCAGAUAUUGACGAGUGUGCUAGCGGUACUGAUGACUGUCACACUUCACGUGCUUCAUGUACAAACACAGUGGGAUCCUUUAAUUGUUCAUGUAACAGUUCUUACAUUGGAGAUGGCAGAACUUGCAAUAUACCAUCAGGUAUUUAGGAAAAGAUAAUGAGGAUAAUAUAAUUAGGAAGAUUUUCAUUUACCAAACCCGUGCACUAGUGAGUGAUGCACCAUGCGCUGACCUUGGCUGCUUGAACGGGGUUUUACGUUUAAAAUUCAUUGGACGGUUUAAAAGGAAAGCUUUUGAGACCUUCGACCACUGUGUGGUCACUCGGAAUACACUUGUUUGUUAACGAAGUCCUGCAGAAAACGGCCUUGAGAGGGCACAGUAUUCGGCUUGACUUGCGGGCAAGUCUACUUUAAUGCAAUUCAUGCUGUUACUUUAAGGGGAGUUGACUUUCUCGAGUUUGCUAAUUAACUGCGAUAGCAGUCACUAUCUCUAUGAAAAACCGAACAACAAUAACGAGGCGAAUUAUAAGAAUUACCUAUAAGAUUAGCAAAUACACGUGAAUAAGUUUCUGCGUCAGAAGUACACGAAGAAUUAAAUAAUCGUUGUUGUUGUUGUUGUUGUUGUUGUUUUUUGUUGUUGUUUUUUUUUUCCUGUCUUUGUUCAUUUCCGUUUUGAUGGGAGUCUUAUGGAGUCUUUAGAGUUGUAUUCUUGAUUUCGGUUCUGUAAAAGACUCAGCAUAGUGCCCGCCAAACAAAUCUUGCGGUGCAAUAUUUUGAGCAGCAGGGUAGGAUAAUGAGGACCCUGCUACGCGUCCUUUUGUCACUGGUCAAAUAACGGAUUCAACGAUCGACUUUUUUGCUUUGUUCUACAGUAUUUUGUUUUUCUUUGUUUGUUUUUACCCUUAAGUAAAUUUUAGCUACUUGCAAAAAAAUGGCUCAAAUGGCUAAUUAUUGCCUACGUCAUGAAGCCGAGUAAGACGGGAAUAGCUGACCCUUAAGCUGUAUCGGGCAUCCUUGCUCAAUGCGUUUGGAAACUACGUUUUCAUUAUGUGAUAAGUGACCUUGUAUAAAUAUACUAUAGUGGUUAUGCAGAGUGCUUAUAAGAAAAGACCUUUCAGUUAACAGUCUUUUGACAAUAUAACGGGCACAGAAAAAAACUCUGAGAAUAGCGAAUCUUUGUACGCAAAAGGCUUAUAAUCAAUUGUUAGUUGCCAGAACGUUUUUGUAAAUGUUAGUAUUGAAUGAUUGAAUCAGCUUCAUGAUUACAAAAUUAAUAUCGUUACCUGUAAUUAUUAAUUAUGGUCAAUCCUGAAAUGUUCAGGCACUUUUUUAUAUAUGCACGGACCUAUUUUCCCUGAGAAAUACUCGGCAAAGCUAAAGGCGGUACAUGCAUCCAUGUAUUCCUGUAUCAAAAUUUAACGUCGUAUGUAACAGAGAUAACUCAUCGGUUUACUAGCGCAAGUUAUGACGAUGCCUAACAUAUACAGCUGUUUUCUUCCUGUGUUUUUGUCGGUCAACAGUGAGGAUGUGGUUGCGGAAUUUAGAACAUGAAAAGAUCCCCUCUUUUGCCUCGAGCUCGCCCCGUGUAAGGGAAUGCGCAUUCCGGAAUCCAAUAAAUUUUUGCUGGUGGAAUCAAGAAUCUGGGAAAUUGCUUGUGGAAUCCGCAAUCCUAGGCUUUGGAAUCCGUAAUCCUUCUAAAGAUUUAAAUCCAGAACCCAAGUUCCAUUGACAAAGACUGGAAUCCAGUACCUGGAAUCCGGAAUUCACGGCGUGGAAUCCAGAAUCCAAGACUGUCUUGGGUUCCCUUACAUGGGGCGAUCGAGCUGAUGUACAACUAAAUGAAACGUUGCUAGUGACUGAUGUUAUUUCUCCUCUUUUGUGUCAGAAUGUCAGAACUACGGGAGUCUCAACAGCAGAACCCGAAGGACUUCGUAUAACUGGUACAACUCUUAUUGUGAUAGCAGUCUUGGCCCCGGAUGGUUCCGUUUCCAGGGGUCUGCCGGCACCAGAAUGGCAACAUCAUGUCCAUCUUACGGAAGUUGUGGUACCUAUUAUCCCGGCUGGCUAAGUGGAGGACACCCCACAGUAGCGGACGGUCAGGUCACCAGGACGGUGUAUUUCAAUAAUGGUUAUUGCUAUUCUUACUCAACAAGCAUCAAAGUGAGAAAUUGUGGUUCAUAUUACGUGUACUAUCUUAGUGGUACACCUGGCGGUAGAUGUAAUCUCCGUUACUGUGGCACUAACUAG